AUGACUUCAAGUGACAAUCUCCAACCACAGGCGAUUGGUUUGAUAUUCGCCUUUCCAGUCAUAGCGACACUGGCGGUGGUUUUGCGUCUAUACAGCCGUUUAUAUACAAGGGCUUUUGCCCUUGAUGACUGGAUUAUUUCUAUAGCGGGUGUCUUCUAUUGGGGCGAAACAAUAACUUCUUACUAUGUCAUAAAAUGUCUGUACAUUGGUUACCACGUCUGGGAGAUCCCGGAAGAUUCCCCCAAGAUCCUAGGCGCUAAAUAUGCUUACGCGACCGAACUCCUCUACAAUCCCAUUCUCGGCCUCGUAAAGACCUCGGUCCUGGUUUUCCUGCUUCGUCUAACAGGCCAAAAGAUGGCCGUGCGAAGCGCAAUAUGGGUCAUUCUGGGAGUGAAUACAAUAGCUGUGAUUGUGACUUUCUUUGUGACCAUGUUUCAUUGCACUCCGAUCGCAGCAAACUGGGACACAGAAGCAUAUCCCAAUGCGAAGUGUCUCAACUUUGCGAACCUUGUGACAGGAACCGCCGCUGUCUCCAUCGGUACCGAUGUGCUUGUGCUCAUGCUUCCCAGUUGGAUCGUGUAUAAUCUUCACAUCCCACGGAGACAACGGCUAAUGCUCGUUGGCGUGUUGUCAUUUGGACUUUUAACGGUAGUCGCCGGCAUUGUCCGUGUUAUCCUCCUAGACCGGUAUGACCGACACAUCCCAUACGACUCGACACACUCGGUCCUAUUUUGCAUAUCUACCAUUGAAGUCGGGCUCGCAUUUAUAGCUGCCUGCGCACCGUCCCUGAAGCCGCUCGUUCUCAAGAUUAUCCCGCGCUUGUUUGCAUCCAAGGAUCGAAGCGACGGUGGUUACAACAAACGAAGUAAGCCAGGGAUGACAUACGAGCUGGACAACCGAUCUCGGAGGUCGCGAUACCGACCGACCCAGAGCAUGGCCGCUCUGGAACCGGGUUGGGAGGAAGAGGUGGACAAGGAUGGGAUUUUGAUGACCACUGAGCUGGAGGUUAGAUGGGAUGUAGAUGGGCCGAAGGACGCGAACAGCCAGGAGAGGGGCAGUGUGGAGAGCUUGGUCCGGUAUCCUUGA